GCAGCACGGCCCACGCCUCUGCUCUGACUGCAAAAUUUAUUCUUGUUUUAUUUAACUUAUUUACUUAGUAGGCUGGGCUAAAAAGUUAGCUUUGAUGCCUCUGGUCAAAAUAAUCUCAUAGACUCCCUUAACAGCAACAGAACAGAAGAACCACAUCAUCAAAUCGCAUUCCCCUUUAGACUCCAAACAAUAAUUUAACCUCACCUUCAUUUCAAAACUCACACAUCAUACAUUAAUUCCUCUCUUUCCUAGUUAGUAAGUGACAACUGCUUGCAUAUAAAACAACAACCAACACACAAAAGCACACUAACCUCCCAGAUGGGUAUACUAAAAGUAAAACACCACAUUCCCACGCUCCUCUUUCUCAGUAUUUCAUUUCCUCUGUUUCUUCUUACACCUACCUCCUCAGACAACACAAACUUGAUCUACAAAGGUUGCGCCGACCAGAAACUCCAAGCCCAAUACUCCCAGAACCUCAAACCGCUGUUGGACUCCCUAGUCUCGGCGUCGGCACAGAAGGGUUUCGCCGCGACUACCCAAAACGCGCUCACCGGCGCGUACCAAUGCAGGGGAGACCUCUCCAACUCCGACUGCUACACCUGCGUGAGCAAGAUUCCGGGGAUGGUGAAGCGCCUCUGCGGCGGAGAUGACGUGGCGGCGGCGCGGGUCCAGCUGAGCGGGUGCUACCUGCGGUACGAGGUGGUCGGGUUCAAGGUGGUCUCCGCGACGCAGCUGCUGUACAAGGUGUGCGGGGCCCGCAAGGUGGUCGACGGCGGGGGGUUCGAGGCGAGGAGGGACGCGGCGUUUGGGAUGGCGGAGAACGGCGUGCAGAGCAGCGGAAAUUUGUUCUACACGGGGAGCUACCAGAGUCUCUAUGUGUUGGGACAGUGCGAGGGUAGUUUGGGAAAUGAGGAUUGUGGAGGUUGUAUCAAGAGUGGUGCGGAACAGGCUAGGGAUCAGUGUGGUGACUCUAUCUCAGCGCAGGUUUAUCUCCAGAGUUGUUUUCUUAGUUAUAGCUUUUACCCCAAUGGUGUUCCCACCGCCUCAUCGUCUUCCUCAGGGGGAGGAGGGGGGCAUCCACACACUGAGAGGACAGUGGCACUUGCGGUGGGAGGGGUGGCGGCUCUUGGAUUCUUGAUUGUUUGUUUGUUAUUUCUCAAGUCGGUGUUGAAGAGAAGAGGUGGGAAGCGUUGAUAAAGUUUUUUUUGGAUUCCUAGAUCAUUGCUUUUUAACAUCUUAGCUCAAUAUACCUUUGCCUUAAUUUGUAUAGUUCUCAUCCAAAGGAAUUGUCAUUCUUAUUCUUAUGCUAUGAAAUGGAUUGGGGAGAAAGUGAAGCCUGCUAUAGAUCUCUGUCCCCACUAUAUAUGACUCUAGCAAAGAAACAUUUUUUUUUUCUUUCAGAAAUGCUAAGUUUUAUUUGAUAAAA